UAGCAUGGCAGUUCAGAUCAUUCCGUCACAUUGCAAAAGUUUUCUUUCUAUCCAGCUGAUUCCAUUCUGAUUAUGCACGCGCCUCGUAGCGGUUAACCCCUGUUUCAUUUGCAGGCAAGAACUCUAGGUGAUCAUAUACACCAAGUAGAGAGAGAGAGCAUCAUCAUGGAGUAACGGACAGUGCUGAGAGCGGCAUGGAGAGCAUCAGGUUCAGGAGCCUCGACGCCGGCGCGUACCCGACGACGCUGCCAAGCCCACGGAUGCUCGUCGGUGCACAAACGGACGUCCAUUCGCCCCACGAGCCGUCGGGCUUCAGGAAGAGCAUGAAUCCAAUCUACGCGGACGGCACCAAUCGUUCCACGUCGACGGCAGUCUCGGCCUCCCUCGACGUGACUGGUGAUCCUGCCAUUCCUGCGACGGCGACCGAUCUCGACGACUCCAGAGGCAGCCACGACGAGGUGGAGGGCGUGAACGGCGCGGUGCUGGUGCGGCGGCACACGGGCGGCGACGGGCGCUGGGAGGCCAUCAGAGCGGCGGACGCGCGCGAGUCCCCGCUCAGCCUCGGCCACUUCAGGCUCCUCAAGCGCCUGGGCUACGGCGACAUCGGCAGCGUGUACCUGGUGGAGCUCCGGGGCGCCGGCGCGGGAGGCGGCGCGCUGUUCGCCAUGAAGGUGAUGGACAAGGGGUCCCUGGUGAGCAGGAACAAGCUGUCCCGGGCGCAGACGGAGCGAGAGAUUCUCGGCCUGCUCGACCACCCCUUCCUCCCCACGCUCUACUCCCACUUCGAGACGGAUAAGUUCUUCUGCCUACUCAUGGAGUUCUGCAGCGGCGGCAACCUGCACUCGCUCAGGCAGAAGCAGCCAAACAAGCACUUCACCGAGCACGCCGCCAGGUUUUACGCAUCUGAAGUGCUGCUUGCCCUUGAGUACCUGCACAUGCUGGGCGUGGUGUACCGGGACCUGAAGCCGGAGAACGUGCUGGUCAGGGAGGAAGGCCACAUCAUGCUCUCCGACUUUGACCUCUCCCUCCGCUGCUCCGUCAGCCCGGCGCUGGUGCGCUCCCCGUCGGGCCGUGUCGGCGGCGCUGGCGGCCUCGUCCAUGGCUGCAAGCUCCCUCGCAUCCUGUCAUCGUCCAAGACGAAGGCCAAGAAGAAGGCGGCCAAAGAGAAAGACAAAGACAACCAGCAGCAGGAGCUGGUUACCGGGGACGGCAGGAAGAAGCAGGCGUGGACGUCGCUGGAGUUCACGGCGGAGCCGACGGCGGCGCGGUCCAUGUCCUUCGUCGGCACGCACGAGUACCUGGCGCCGGAGAUCAUCCGGGGCGAGGGACACGGCAGCGCCGUCGACUGGUGGACGUUCGGCGUGUUCCUGUACGAGCUGCUGCACGGCACCACGCCCUUCAAGGGAUCGGGAAACCGGGCGACGCUGUUCAACGUCGUCGGCCAGCCGCUGCGGUUCCCGGACGCGCCGGGCGUCAGCGCCGCCGCGAGGGACCUCAUCAGGGGCCUGCUGGCCAAGGAGCCGCAGAAGCGUCUCGCGUACCGGCGCGGAGCCGCGGAGGUCAAGCAGCACCCGUUCUUCGAGGGCGUCAACUGGGCGCUGGUCAGGAGCGCCGCGCCACCCUACGUGCCCGACGUCGCCGUGGAAGCCCCCGCCGUGCGAGUCCCAGACAAGGAUGGAGGCGCGUCGUCACAAGGCGGCACGCCGAGGAGCGCCGCCGCCGCGGCCGGUGGGAAGGCCAGCUCGCCUCAUGCUGAUCCGUCGACGUACGUUGAUUUCGAGUACUUUUAGGAAGCAGUCUUCUGCCUAGAUCGCUUCAUCCACAGGCCACAGUCACAUUCCCACUACACCACACACCCAAAAUAGAUUCAUUUAUAUUUAUGCUAUUCUGUUUUGAUA